AUGCGGUUGCGUCCUGGGCCCUCUGGCUGGACAGUGGCCUUCCCCGCAGGGCAGGGGGCCGGCGGUGGCCGCCGCCAGGUGGCGCCCUGGGACCCCGGGUCCCGCCCUCCUGCCCUCCCGGUGCUGAUGGCCCUGCUGGCCUCCCCGUCCUUGGCCCGGGGGUGGGGGCAGCAGGCCAGCGGCCGCCUUGGAGAGCACCGGCCGUCUCGGCCCGCGUGGCCUGCACUCGGCCUCAGCGUCCAGGCCCGGCGGGAGUGCGUGGCCGCCGCACACGGGGCUCAGCCGGCCGCUGGGGCUCAGACAGUCACCACCCCUCCCCCCAGUCCAGGGCCCAGGCUGGUGUUCAAUCGGGUGAACGGCCGGCGGCCCCCGGCCACGGCCUCAUCCCUCGAGGGGACGCAGGAGACCUACACGCUGGCCCAUGAGGAGAACGUCCGGUUCGUGUCCGAAGCCUGGCGGCAAGUGGAGCAGCAGCUGGACGCUGGCCAGGCCGGCGAGCGCGGGCCCGGGCCGGUGCGGUACGAGGAGAGGACCCCCGACGCCCGGCUGCAGACCGGACCUCAGGGUCUCCUCCGGCCGCGCCCGCUGCGUGACUGCAGGCGCCUCCAGGGCGUCCGGCCGUGGGCCACGGCCAGGCGCCUCCGGACCAGCAGCCUGUGCCUUGACCCCGGGAGCCUCCCCUUGCCCUGCCGGUGGGGACAGGUCCUGGCCUCGCGGCCUGCGGCCGCCCCUGCAGCCAUCACUGGCGGCGGCUGGCCGGGCCUGGGCCCCGCGAAGCGGCCUGCUCCUCACCGCGCCUUCCCGGGGCUCCAGAGCCACAGGAUGCAGGUGGGCACCGGUGCGGUGACCCCGCCGGCCAGAGUCCCCACGGUGGAGGCCUCGGGACAGUCACGCUGGGCCCUGCGGGCCGGCCCGGAGCUGACCCUGGGCCGCAGGCCCCGCCUGCCGCCCCCUCGGCAGUGGACUUCGUCUCGCUCUGCUGGCACCUGUGUUUCACCUUGGAAUUGUCAAGGUCGUAGGAACAACGGCAAGGUCAAGCUGACCGGAGCCAAGGGAGUGGCAGAGGACUGUGCCUCCCGCUGGGCGGGGCUGUCGGCGCAGAGACCCUCUGAGGCCCUGGCCCCCCGGCCCGGCGCGGCCGUCCUGCUGGGCUCCCCUGGCGGGAGCUGGACCGGGGCAGCGCCCAGCGGGGCUCCCUGGCCCCAGCCCACUCCCGGAGGCCAGUCUGUGCUGUGGACGCCUGGAAGGCUCCCGCCGGCUGGCCGCUGA